AUGCCACCACAACCCUGCCUUAACAUCACCUCCACCCCAACCCCGGACCCUCACUUCACCCACGUCCACGGCAAAUUCUACCUAACCUUCACAGCCAACGACCGAAUCCCUCUCUGGGAAGCCCCAAACCUGCUAGACUUCUGGGAGAAGCCCAAGAUAGGACCCGUAUGGCGUCCACCACCAAACACACCACACUCCUCCCGUCUCUGGGCGCCCGAACUCCACGCCCUGCAAGGGAGAUGGUAUAUCUAUUACGCGGCGGCGGAUCCUGCCCAGGGGAACAGGUCGCAUAGGAUGUAUGUUCUUGGGGGACCUCCGGCGUCAGAAGAUCCUCAUGAUGCGAGUCGAUGGGAAUUCCUGGGUCCGAUUCAAGGCAUGGAUCAACGACAGUGGGCGAUCGAUGGGACGGUUUUCGAGCUGGAUGGGGAGUUGUACUUUGUGUAUUCUGGCUGGCCCAUGCGCCCGCAGAGGGAGUGGAAUGAUUUCAGGGAGGACUUGCAGUUGCUGUAUAUUCUGAGGCUAUCAGACCCAACCACGGCGGCUUCAGAACCCGUCGAGAUCUGUCGCCCACACCAGCCAUGGGAACAUCUCGGACACAUCGGAAUCUGCGAGGGACCGCAAUGGCUGGAAGCUCCUGAUGGAUCGUGGAGAGGGCUGGUGUACAGCUGUGCGGCCAGCUGGACGAAACACUACAAGAUGGCGACGCUGGAGUAUCUAGGAGGCAACCCGUUGGAUCCAGCAUCGUGGAAGAAAUCGACCGAACCUCUUCUCCAGGAUUCUGAUGAUGGUCAAGGGCCGUUUGGUCCGGGUCAUGGCUGCUUCUUGAACUUUGGCGGGGAGACGGUGGCGCUGUUCCAUGCUACGGAUAGUGAUACUGAUGGCAAUCAGGGGAGAAAGUGCCGGUUGCAGAGAGUCGAAUGGAGUGACCAAGGACCACACAUGGGAGAAGUGCUUGGCAGCUCGACGAGAGAUAUCGACAUGUUCUCUAAGCUUCUGGUACACUACGACUGUAUUCAUGCAUUGAAAGUUCUGUUGACGAUCGCCUGA